UUCAUUGGCCGGCCCAGAGUGACGCGUCACGUGAUCCAGGAAGUGAAUGGGUCUGUUUACAUCUAGAAAUGUGAUCACAAGUGGCAGAUCCUUUUUUAUUUAGCGUAUAUUUGAUUGAUAUAUAUGUAGUUGCCAUUUUCUUUAGGCAGUUCACAGGUCGAUGGGAAACACAGAAAGCGCUGUAGUGCAGAAACGGCUGGUCCGUUUCCGGCCUGAUGAGCGACCUGUUAUUGAGGGGGUCUUUGACAGACUUCUGAGCACCAGCUGCUCGCCUGUGCCUCCAGGACAAGUCAAGGAUUUAAACAUAGACACGUUCAAGAUAACUAUGGGUCACAUGGCUUCAGACUCAAUGAUCAUGCGAGUCUUUAAGGGAAUCUGCAGUAUCGACCCUGAAGUGUCAGUGCCACCUGGUGGUGGGGUAAGUCGAGAGCAGCUGGUGAUCUUCCUGGCAGAUGCUCUUCGGGGCACAGCAGAGGAGAGAGCACCUCUUGUCAUGGCGAUGGCACAUGGAAACAAAGCAGCAGUUACAGCUGAUCAGAUAAGAGAGUUUUUAGAGGACUUGGUUUCAGCUGUAGUUCAGACUCUCACACAUAGGGGACGCCUGCGGGGCUGGAGACCAGAUUGCAUGGGUCGUGAGGACCAGGGGGUGAAGCUUUUGGCUGAACAGUUGAGCUCGGAGUUAAAAACCUUAGAUCAGAACAUGUGUGAUGUUGCUUGUCUCGAGGACUGGCUCUUUCGAGUCUCAGGUGUGUCCACAUAUCUGGAGCUCCUGAUUUGUGAGGGUCUUGACGUUGGAUUGACCUCGCGCCCACCUCCCACUUUGCUGCCUCAGUGCCGAGACGCUCCCUGGGCCUCGCUGCGCUGUGUACUAGACAUACCACUUCUCCUUUUCCUGUCCUCUCAGUUGCCUGCAGGAAACAAUGCCCCCUGGAGGCUACUUUUUUCCACCAACAUACACGGGGAAAGCUUUACCCGUCUGGUUGGAAAUUGCAAAAACCGGGGCUCGACUGUCUUACUGGUGAAAGACACAAAGGGCCACAUAUUUGGAGGCUUUGCAUCUCAGAGCUGGGAACUCAAACCUCAGUUUCAGGGUGAUUCCAGGUGCUUCCUGUUUUCGGUGUCGCCAUCUAUGCGAGUGUUCACAUGUACAGGCUAUAACCAACACUAUAUGUACUUGAACCAGGGCCAGCAAACCAUGCCCAAUGGCUUGGGUAUGGGUGGACAGCAUGGAUACUUCGGUUUGUGGCUGGACAGUGAUUUUGGCCGUGGUCACAGUCGGGCUCGUCCGCGCUGUACCACGUACGGUAGUCCUCAACUCUCAGGGGAUGAAGACUUCACAGUGGACACAGUAGAGGUGUGGGGAGUGGGUGUGCCUCCUGAAGAACUGGAGCAGGACGAGAAAAAGAAGAGCGUUCUGGACCUAGAUCCUGAGGUGCAGGCUAUAAUGGAGAUGACGGGGAAAACCCUUCACAGCCAAGGCUUCCGAGAGCCAGAAGAUGAUGAUGAUGAAUGAGGAAGAAAUAAGAAAAAAAGAACAGCGAAUGGAUGGAUUUAUGCUACACAUAAAAACACUGGUGCUGCUUUUAGCUCAACAGGAAAAAAUGUAGUGUUUAUUGUAGAUCUAUAAAUCAUGUGAUGUGAAUGAUGCAUAUUAUGAAUUACGGCUGAAACUGACUUGCAGUGGAGUCAAGAUGUACAAUAUGGUGCAAGCUGGUUUCCACUGAUAUGAAAAUGAAAAUAUUAGUGAUUUAUAUUGA